CGUGUGUAUAUGGAUGUGAUGUGUCAAACAAGCGUCUGCACCGUGCACGAAUGCACACACACAUGUGACUGCCGGCCAGCUGUGUUACAUCCUCGCGCCUCCGUGGCAUGCACGGCACCCGCCUGUGUCAGUGCGUGCACAGAGGCAAGAUGAUGGAAUGCAGACAGCCAGCCAGCAGACAUGUGCAGGCAGGCAGCAUAAAAAGACACAGACAGACAGACAGACAGACAGCCAAAGAAAGGACGACAGCAAAACACAGACGACCCCUUUUCUCCACACACGACAGCCGCCCCUAUGACACAAGCACAACCUGUACACCCAUCCAUCCAUCCAUCCAUCCAUUCAUUGACCCGUCCGUCUAUCUGCCCGCCCAGCCAAUCGCGCUACGUGUGUGUCCUCUAUGGUCUGUGUUGUGUGGUGGUGUUGUGUGGUUUAUGAAAAGUCCAUGUCUUCCUCCUCUAUGACCUCGGCGGUUCCUCCUCGUCUUCCUCCUCAUUUAAGAUGUAGGUGUCACCCACUGCAGACAGGCCACCCAUGGACCGCAUGUAUGCACACACGCACACACGCACAGAGAGAGAGAGACACAUGAAUCAAUGAAUGCAGGAAAGCCAACGUGUGUCCGAGCGUGUCGUUCACGUACGGCCAGGUCGGUGCGCUGCUGUUGCUCGUCCGCGACUGCGCCUCGUCUCCCUCGCGCGCUCGCCCCGCCCUGCAUUGCAGUGGAGCCAUCCCCGCACACAGGCACACAUGCAUGGAUACACGCAGAGCGCAGGGACUGGCCUGUCUGUCUGUGUAUCUGUCUGUCUGUGUAUCUGUCUGUUUGUUUUUGUGGUUGCCUCGCUUACUCCUCUCUCCGGUCCUCAGUGGUAGUUAUCGUGUAUUUGCCCUUCCCGCGCCCGCGCCCGCGCCCGCGCUUGUGCUUCGGCUUCACCUCCUCCUCUUCUUCUUCCUCUUCCUCCGCGUGCUCCUUCCCGGGCUCCGUCUCCGUCACCUCCGGCUUGCGCUCUGUCUCGGCCAUGUGCUCGAUGUACAGGACAUCCUCGCAAUCAGGCGCCUUGUCCUCCACCCCGCAUUCCUUGGGCGGCUCCGCGGCAGCGGGGGCGGCAGGCGCCUCUCCGCCCAGCGGGUACGGCUGGCGCUGCCCCUUGGGGUAGUUGACGGUGUACUCAUCCUCCUCGUAGAGUGGGUCGAUCUCGGCGUCGAUCUCGGCGAGCUUUUGGUUCCUGUCAAUGCCUUGCAGACUGGAGUGGAAGAGGCUGCGGACCUCCGGGUUCUCCUUGUUGUACGGCUGUUUCUCCAUGUACUUGUUGAACUCAACCGAGGGCUUCACAACGGGCGCGUUCGCAUCGCAAACCGGCAGGUCAUUCUGCACCACUCACAUCGCACGCAGAAACGCGUGACGUGAAUACAUCCACGUCGGUGCCUCUGUGUGGAGUCUUUUGAAGGAAUGGCUGACUGACUGACUGACUGACCGGAUUCUGGGGUCUGAGCGGGUAGAAUGCGGGCAUCUUGGGCUUCUGCAUAGCACAUCGCACCACACGGGCCGCACGAAAUACACACGUGUCUGUGUGUAUUGGGCUGAGCGUACCGGCUGCUGUUUGUUGUAUGGCUUUCCUCUGAGGUUGCGCAGCCAGUCGACAUUGAUGACCAUCUGCCGUCCAUCCACCCAUCCAUCCAUCCAUCCAUUGCAGCACAAACAGGCAAGCAAGCGAGCAGUGUGUUUCUCACCUUGACGCCGAAGUGAUCGGUGCAGCGGCCCCUGUCAUGUCAGUUACACAUGUACAGUUGUGUGCGUUGAUUCAUUUAGUUGGUUGAUUCAGUCAGUCACUGACCCGCCGACCGGCCGAUAUGUGCUGACUACUUCCACCGACCGUAUGGCCCUGACACACACAGACAGACGCAAUCAAUCAAAGAUGGAGAGCACAUGAUUGUCUGUCGACUGAAUGAGUGGGUGGCACCUAUGUGUGCAUACGCACAUACUUGUAUAGGUUCUUGGUGACCAGGAUGUGGUCGAGUGGGCCGCCGUCUUGGAAGUGGGUAGGCUUGUCAGCCCACAUCUCCUCAUCGCUAACUGAUUGACACCACGCCAACCAAUGAAACAAGAUGGAUGGAUGGAUGGACAGACAGCAUGACAUUCAUUCAUCGGUGUAGGUCUUUGUGUGGUGUGAGAUGAGGUGCGUACGGACCGUCCCAGUAGCUGGUGCCGCGGUAAUUCCGGGGCACUUUCCAGCCCGCAUUGGCCAAACGAUACUUCAGCGGCCUACACACAUGCACAGACACCACAGACACAGAUCCGUCGAUGGAUAUGUGAACUGAUGGCAUGUGUCCAUCUGGCGGCCGUGGGUGCGGGGAAGGAGAUACACACCUGGUGCCCGUGCCCUGGCGCAGAAUCGGCAGCGUACGACUGCACGAAUGCAGACAUACAGCUUGACAUGCAUAGGUGGAUUCAGUCACGAAUGGUCUGCCUGACCUGUUUGGAACGUAGUAGUCCUUUGCCUUCCCAGGUGACGUGUAGAAGGGCUCCCCAGUCUUGGGGUGCGGCGUCUCGUAAUCCUGCAGACAGACAGACAGACAGAUCGAUAGGACGAUGGACGCACACACCUCACACCCACACAACACAGCCGCCUGCCCUCCUGCCCGAUCGUUGUGGGUCAGCUGACGUACGUUGAAGUCUCCAAUGAUGAUGAGCUCGUCGGGAGGAUAGCCACUGCUUUUCGUCUUCUUCGCCAUGUGAUUCUCGAUGAAAUCAGACACGGCUAUGGCCUGCAGACAUGCAAACAAACCAACAAAUGACAUGUACAUGUACGUGUAAGAAUGCGUACACGCAUGCAGUAUGUGUACAUAUAUGUUACUGUACAUGUGCGUGCGCGUGCGUACCUCUGCCUCCCGCUGUGAGCAUUCGUGUGCGGGUGGGUCGGGUUUGGGGAUGGCCUUGAGGUGCAGCCCGAUCAUCCCCACCUUGAUGUCAUCCAGGUUGAACCGAGCGUACCAGAAACGGUACUGCAGGAGUCAGACAUCCAUCCAUUUAUCCAUCCAUCCAUCCAUCCGUGUCAAGCUGGGUGGCUUGGUGAGAUGGGUGAGGUCUUUGUCUCACCGGUUCCGCUAUUUUGUCAUUGGGACUGGGUUUGUGGCCGCACCCAGACAUAGCAUCGGGGAGACGAUCGCCCUGCAUACGCAAAUGCAGGGGCGCAGGGGAAGCGCAAACACACCCACAUAUGCAUUUCCGCUCGCUGGCUGGCUUGGCGGCCUUGCUUUGGUGAUGGCGUGCUUACCGGUCCAUCGAAUGGCCUGAUCAUUGUCUUCUUCGCCCACAGAUUCACCUUGGACAACACACCACUGCACAGAACCACGUUCACAGGAGGACACACGGACAGGCAGGCAGGCAGACAGACAGACCAAUCCACGUACGUAGUACAUCAAUGGGUGGACGUGGGGUGCGUCUGUGCGUGCAUACCAGUGGUGGUUGCCGAAAGGGGGAAACCUUUCUUUACCCCCGGGGUUGGGUCCUGGUUUGAGCCCUCCCUUCAUGAACUGUUGGACCAUGAAGGGCCUGUACUGCGCCUUGCUCUCCUCGGUCAUCGCGUCACGGAUGUCAUACAACGUGUUGCAGUCACCCAGCUGACACACACACAGAUACCCAUACACACACACACACGCAGACACACACACACACACACACACAGAGAGCGAGACAGGGGGGCGAGUCCGUCGGUUCGUCGAAUCGUGUGAUGUCGGACAAAAGUAUGUGGUGUGAAUGUGUGGCCUGGGUGUUGGUUCGGUGGUACCUCGACGAGGUGAACGAUGUCCGGGUUGUGCUCUUCGAUGACGCGGGCGAUGUUCUUGUAGUGGUCCUUGAUGGCCGUGUCGUAGUUGGGCUGGCCGGGCUUGUCGUACCACGCACACUCACUGGAUCCAGGCGCAUGGAUGGAUGGAUGGAUGGAUGGGUGAAUUGGACACACACAGACAGAAAAUGCGUAUAUCCAACCAACGAACGAACGGUUGAGGUGCCGUGUAGUGUCAUGUCGCUCACAGUUUGUCUUUUUUGGAGUUUCUUCGCCUUGUGUUUCUCUGUGUUCCCGACUCUCGCCCACCAGCUGUCUUCGGACAUCCAUUUGGGGCGGUACUUCUUGGGAUCGCUGCAGAUCUGCUUGUAGUACUCAAUUGGCCAUGUCCACUCAGCGUUCUGUCGAGGACCGACCGACCCACACAGACGUGCCCACACGGACAACAAGACAGACAGACGGAGAGAUGGACGGAUGUGUGUAUGUGUCCGUGUGUGUGAUGUUGUGUUGUGUUGUGUUGUGUUGCGGGCGUCAGCUCAAUCACUCACCAGUUGCAUGAUGACGAUGUGGCUCUCUUGCCAGACUUUCGUGGGCAGCCUGAAGUCGCCUUCGUCCGUGAUGUUUUGUCUGCCAAUUGCGACUUUGUUGAGAAGCUUUUCCGGCGCAGGAAUCGGGCAGUACUGCAGCCCCGCCCAACACAAACGCACCACACGUAGACAAAUCAGCGCAUCGCAUCGAGUCCCAACCCCCAAUCUGCUGACCAACUUGUCGUAUUGAAAUUUGUGUUGUUUCGGGUUGUGGAGGUAGGGGUCGUACUGCAUGGGCCAGUCAGGCCCAUAGCCCUGAUGCGACUCGGACUCCACCAAGGAAGCCGCCGCUGCAUGGUAACCAUACACACAGGCCACAUGGCAUUCCAUCCAUCCCCCAUAUCCAUAGAUGCAUCCAUCCGUCCGUCCGUCCAUCCAUCCAUCCAUCCCACCAUCCCUUCUGUGUCGUCACAUACCGGCAAGUCGCUGUGCGGUGUCAUUUAUAGACCGGCUGCUGCCGUGGAUGGACCUGACACCCUCAUCGAUGAGCCGCCGGGUCGCCUCGAUGUCAUCCGCCAGCCGCCUGAGCUGCUCCGCCGCUCCUGCGCCCUCACCCUCCUCCAGAAAAGAUAACGAUCCGCCUGCACCCGCCACACACACAACAUGGCUAGAUUCACCCAUCCCCAGACCCCCCAUCGUGACCGCCGAUGUAUCUGUGGUGCAUUACCGCUCUGGUCUGUCCAUUCUCCGCUGUCCACGGGGCAGUCUGCGCCUUCGCACUCGAUGGAGGCGGGUGCGACGGGAGGAGUGAACAAACACACAGCGGAUACCACAGCAGCUAACGAAAGGAGCAACGGACGCGCCAUCUUUGG